AUGCUGGGCAAGGGGGGCUUCGGCGUGGUCACCGAGCAGUUCACUUGCAACUUUGCGCGCCACCUAGUCUAUUGCCGCAACCAGCCGUGCCUUGUCAUCAGCGGCUCUUUCGAGAUGGAGCUCGUUUAUAAACGAGGCAUUUCUGGCCUGUACCGCGCCCACACUGCACGUCGGCACGGCCUCCUGAACGCCUCGGAGCUCGACGGUGCCUUCAACGAGUUUGUCCGGGAAGGGACGCCGGCCACGCCCGCGGGCGCCCCGCGGGCCGCCGCGGAGGGGCUGCUCGCCGGCGCUGCGGGCGUCGCCUGCGCGGCCCGAGGCCGCGCGGGCGCGCGGCGCGGCCCGCGCGGGCGCCGCGUGGGCGCCCCCGAGAGGCGCACGGCGGGCCCGGCGAGCCCGAGGGUCGCGAGGCGGCAGGGGCAGCGGCGUCUCCACGACAUGCCCGACGCCGUGGGAACUGUGGAGCGGGCCGGCGGCGAGGUGCCGUUCCGCCACCCGCCGCGCUCCGAGCGGGCCUCCUACCGCCUGCGUUUCGGUGCGCAGCGGUUCUGGGACCUGACAGUCUAUCCGAAGGCCAUAUUCCCGUGGUCGCCAGAGUACGGUGGCCGCCCGCUCUCCGCCCUCACGAAGAAUCACAUAUUCCGCCUCAAGUUUAUUGGCACGAUUCAUGUUUUGGCUCUGGGAGCUCCUUUCUGUUUCAGCUGGGGAGCCUUUCGAAUAUUUCUUAUUACCAUGGCCAUUGCUAUCUGAGAGCUUCGGCAUGACCGCCUCCUUCCACAGGCAAUGCUCGCACCGUUCUUUCGCGUGCCCCAAGUGGCUGGAGUACACGUUCGCGCUCAUGGGGUGCCAGGCCCUGGAGGGCGCACCUAUUGGGUGGGCUCGGAUACACCGCUACCACCACGUGCACUCCGACAAGGAGCCACGACGUCCACAGCCCGGUCGACGGGGUGCUGUGGUCGCACGUGGGGCACUUGUUCGACCCUACCACCUCGGACAAGCUCGACCUGUUCGACGAAACCUGCCCGAGCAACGUGGCGGACCUGCAGAAGCAGGCCUUCUACAGACUGCUGGACGGCGGGCGGCCCCGGUCGACAAUGAGAAGCAGGAGAAGGUCGUCGCGGUCGUCGCCUGGGACAACGCCACUGUCUACGCAU